AAAAUUAUGGUGUACUUCAGAAUUUGAAGACAACAUCAUACAAAAAUAAUUUGACUAUUAAGAUUUUGUUUGGCAGCUAUAUGCAGUGAUGAGGAAAUCGGACUUAUUUAUUUGCGUUAUUUAAAUUUAACAAAAUGAUGUGCUGUGAAAUCAGACUCAUUUUCCGCGGUCCAAGUACAAUCAUAAAAUGGCAUUGCCAUCAACUCCUCAUCUCAAUCUCGCAGCGCUAUGUAGAGAGGGCCAAGUGAAGGCAGCCCUGCACAUUCUGCUUACCACACACAACCCCUCUGGACACUCCUAUACAUACCUUCAAUUAUUGCAGACCUGCAUUCUCAACAACGCGAUUUCACAAGGAAAAUAUGUCCACUCUUUCAUCGCUCACUGGCAAUCUGCAUUUGCUACACGAACAAGUGUUCAUAAUAACCUCAUUAACAUGUACGUCAAGUGCGGAACUUUGGUUGAUGCUCGUAAAGUGUUUGACCAAAUGAAAGAGCCCGAUGUCUGCUCAUGGAAUACCAUAAUUGCGGCAUACAGAAGACAUGGCUAUCCUCAGGAGGCAGUCAGACUGUUUCACCAAAUGCAACGAACAAAUCUCCUACCUGAUCGGUUCACAUAUGGCAGCGUAAUCCCAGCAUGCGCCAAAAUGGGAGCUCUGGAACAAGGUAUGGACAUCCAUCAAAGCAUAAAGGAUAGAGGAAUUUCGUCAAAUGUUGUAGUUGCAACUGCACUCGUUGACAUGUAUGCAAAAUGUGGAAGUAUAGACAAGGCACGUGAACUGUUUGACGGAAUGCCUCAAAAAGAUCCCGUCUCAUGGAAUGCGAUGAUUGUGGGUUAUGUACAAAAUGGGUUUGUUGAAAAAGCUUUAGAAAUAUUCAAGCAAAUGCUAUUAGCAGGUGUAAAGCCUAAUUCGACAACCUUUGCCAGCAUCCUUCCCGCCUGUGCCAAAAUGGGAGCUUUGGAGCAGGGCAUAGACAUCCAUCAACGCAUAAUUGAAGUGGGAUUUUCGUCAGAAGUUGUAGUUGCAAGCGCCUUGGUAGACAUGUAUUCAAAAUGUGGAAGCAUAGACAGGGCACGUGAAUUGUUUGUUAGAAUGUCUAAAAGAGAUGUGGUUUCAUGGAAUGCAAUAAUUGUUGGAUAUGCACAAAAUGGGUUUGUUGAAAAAGCUUUAGAGACUUUCAAGCAAAUGAAAUUGGCAGGUAUAAAUCCAGACUCCACAACCUUUGCCAGUAUCCUUCCAGCCUGUUCCAAGAUGGGAGGUUUGGAACAAGGUAUGGAUAUCCAUCAAAGCAUAAUAGAAGGGGGAUUUAUGUUAUAUGUUGUGGUUGCAAGUGCCCUGCUAGAUAUGUAUGCAAAAUGUGGAAGUAUAGACAGGGCAUGUGAACUGUUUGACAGAAUGACUCAUAAAGAUGUGGUCUCAUGGAAUGCCAUGAUUGUAGGAUAUACGCAAAAUGGGCUUGUUGAAAAGGCUCUAGAAACUUUCAAGCAAAUGAAACUGGCAGGUGUAAAGCCAAAUUCCACAACCUUUUCCAGCAUCCUUCCAGCCUGUGCCAAAAUGGGAGCUUUGGAACAGGGUAUGGAUAUCCAUCAAAGCAUAGCGGACUUCGGUUUGUUGUCAGAUGUUGUAGUUGCAAGUGCCCUUAUAGACAUGUAUGCAAAAUGUGGAAACAUAGACAACGCACGCGAACUGUUUGACAAAAUGCCUAAAAGAAAUGUCGUCUCAUGGAAUGCCAUGAUCGCAGGAUAUGCACAAAAUGGAUUUGUGGAAAAUGCUUUGGAAAUGUUCAAGCAAAUGCAUUUGGCAGGUUUAAAGCCGAAUUCCGCAACCUUUGCCACCAUCCUUCCAGCCUGUGCCAAAAUGGGAGCUUUGGAACAGGGUAUAGACAUGCAUCAAAGCAUAAUGGAAGGAGGAUUUUUUUCAGAUGUUGUAGUUGCAAGUGCCCUCGUAGACAUGUAUGCAAAAUGUGGAAGCAUAGACAAGGCACGUGAGCUGUUUGAAAAAAUGCCUCAAAGAAAUGUAGUCUCAUGGAAUGCCAUGAUUGCAGGAUAUGCACAAAAUGGAUUUUGCUGGGAUGCCCUGAAAACCUUUGAAUUAAUGAAGCAAUCUGGAACAUAUCCUGACAAUGUAAGUUUCGCUUGUGUUUUAUUUGCAUGCAGCCAUGCAGGUUUAGUGGAUGAGGGCUGUACAUACUUCUAUCAUAUGAGUAAUCCUUAUUGCAUUACACCUACAAUUGAUCAUUAUGUGUGCAUGGUUGACCUUCUUGCCCGCGCUGGCCAUCUAGAAGACACUCUAAACUUUAUCAUUAAAAUGCCAGUUAAACCUGUGACGGUUGUGUGGAUGUGUUUUCUUGCUGCCUGUAGAUCACAUAUGAAUAUAGGCUUAGGAGUAUUUACAGCAACUAUGCUUUUUGAUUUGGAUCCCCAAAAAGCUGCAACAUAUGUUCUUCUCUCAAACAUCUAUGCAGAAGUGGGCAUGUGGGAUGAGGUUCAAAUGGUAAGGAGAUUGAUGAAAGAUAGGGGAAUUAAAAAGAUCCCUGGAUGUAGUUGGAUUGAAGACCAUAAAAUGGUACAUGCUUUUUCUGUAGACUCAGAUCACACCGAGAGACACAGGAGAUCUAUGCAAGGUUAGAGAACUUGGUUUGGAGAGUGAAGGCAGCAGGGCAUUUUCCGGAUUCCAGACAUUCACUUGAUGAUGUGGAAGAGGAGGAAAAAUAAUUAGAUCUCGGUCACCAUGGUGUAAAGUGGCAAUUGCAUUUGGUCUGUUAAGCAUACACCCUAGAAUGACCAUUAGAGUUGCAAAGAAUCUUUCAGUAGUGCUGAUCACCACGCUGACAUGAAAUGUAUCUCCAAGACUGGCGCGCGAGGAAUUGUUGUGAGAGAUGGGGACCGUUUCAAUCAUUUUAAGCAGGGACAAUCUUCUUGCAGAGAUUAUUGGUGAUGUUAAAUGAAGCAAUCUGAAAAAUAGGCUUGCACCACAAUAAUUUACAGAGUGUCAGACUUGCAGAAUUUAUGAAGGGACAAGGUUUUAUUAUCAGUUUCUAGAAUUUUUUAUUUUAAUUGGAAGUCUUUUUCUCCUGAGUGUUUGGCAAUCUAGACAAUGCUGUAGACUUCGUAAGGAAGCUUGCAUAGCUGGAGAACGUGGAGAACGGGAAAAACAAAGCAAUGGAAAGUCAUUUGAUCAACACGAAAUGGGAAAGUAGAGCUCUCAAUCAACUUUUGCCAUUUUGUAUAAUUUUUCUCUUUCGAUUAAUUGCAUUAUAUUUUUGCCUGUCGAUCAUUUGAAAUUAAAUUACACAUUUCAGAUUGCAUGUAAUAUUUGUCUCAUCUAUAGUUAGGUAUUUCUAUUGUUGCUCAA